GCGCGCAAGAUGGCGGCGGCCGAGAGGGAGCCCGGCGCGGCGGCGGAGCAGGAGCAGGAGCAGGAGCAGGAGCAGCGGGCGGGCCCCGGCCCGGCCCCGCUCGGCCUGACGGAGCUGCCCGGCGAGCUGCUGGAGCUCAUCCUGUGCUGCGGCUCGCUGGGCGCUGCCGACCUGGGCCGCCUGGCCUGCACCUGCCGCCGCCUGAGGGAGGCCUGCCAGCCCCGCGGGAAAGUCUGGCGGGAGCUGCUCCGGCGCAGGUGGCCUUCUUUAAUGAAAUACUACAAUCAGACAGAUAGUGUGAAUUGGCUGGAAGAAUACCAAGAACGGCAUAAAGCAGGCUUGAAAGCUCAGAGGAUCGUUGCCUCAUUUUCCAAAAGGUUUUUUUCAGAGCACGUGCCCUGUGAUGGCUUCACUGAUAUCGAGACUCUUGAUUGUCCUACCCAUUUCUUUGAGGAUGAGCUGAUGUCCAUUCUUAAUACAGGAGGCAGGAAAGACCUGACAUGGAAGUACUACGCAAAGAAAAUUCUUUACUUUCUGCGGCAACAGAACAUUUUAAAGAAACUGAAGACGUAUCUUCAGUACUCACCAGAUGAGCAGUCCUUUUUGGAAGGGGCUGUGCUGGUUGACCAAUACUGUAACCCUUUGUCGGAGAUCUUGCUCGAGAAUAUCCAGGCCCAGAUUGAUGACAUUGCUGCUAAAGUUUGUAGAUUUCUCAAAUCCAGAAAUCCCAGACAUCCAAGUGUGGACCGAAAAGCAGGAGAGGUCUUGAUAGUCUCUCAAGUGGAGCUUCAGAGGCAGGUUCUCGAUGCCAUAAACUACGUCCUCUAUGAGCAGUUGAAAUACCGAGGAAACGAGGUGGAUUAUUACAAUUCUCAGAAUUCAUACAUCCAUCAGGUUUUGAUUCGCAGGACUGGAAUCCCAAUCAGCUUGUCGGUGCUCUAUUUGACGGUUGCCAAGCAGUUGGGCGUCCGGCUCGAGGCGGUCAAUUUUCCCAGCCACUUUCUGCUCAGAUGGUGCCAAGGGAGAGAAGGGAGCACAAAUAUAUUUGACUACGUGUACGUUGAUGCUUUUGGAAAGGGGCGGCAGCUGACAGUGAAAGAAUGCGAAUACUUGAUUGGGCACCACGUGACGGAGGAAUUUUAUGGCGUGGCGACAGCCAAAGAGGUUCUGCAGCGAAUGGUGGGCAACUUGUUAAAUAUUGGAAAGCGGGAAAGUACUGACCAGUCAUACCAGCUCCUGAGAGACUCUUUGGAUCUGUACUUGGCCAUGUAUCCAGACAACGUGCAGCAUCUAAUGCUCCAGGCUAGAUUGUAUUUCCACCUCGGAAUCUGGCCAGAGAAGGUUCUGGACAUCUUGCAGCACAUUCAGGCCUUGGACCCCACCCAGCAAGGAGCAGUGGGGUAUCUAGUUCAACACACCCUGGAGCAUAUUGAGCGUCGGAAAGAAGAACCCGGUCCAGAUGUGAAGCUUCAUUUUGAGGAGAAACACAAAGACAUCUGCUAUUCCGUCGGCCUGAUUAUGAAACACAAAAGAUAUGGCUACAACUGUGUGAUCUAUGGCUGGGAUCCAGCAUGCAUGAUGGGACAGGAGUGGAUCCGAAACAUGAAUGUCCACAGCUUGCCGCAAGGGCCCAACCAGCCUUUCUACAAUGUUUUAGUGGAAGAUGGGUCAUGCCGAUAUGCCGCCCAAGAGAAUCUAGAACCCAACCCAGAACCUCAUGAGAUCCCUCACCCAGACAUCGGCCGUUACUUCGAGGAGUUCGCUGAGAGGUACUAUGUGGCAAACGCGGAGUUGGAGCUUCGGUACCCUGACGAUUUGGAGCUCACCCGUUCGGCUGUCCAGGAAACUGAUGAGAGCGGUGAAUGAGGCCUUUCUUUCUUUCUUUCUUUCUUUCUUUCUUUCUUUCUUUCUUUCUUUCUUUCUUUCUUUAAUUCCCUUUCUCUUUGCAAGAACAAAAGAGACUUUGUACAGCGGUGGCGAGAACUUCAUCGUGGGGAACCUGCCGGUCUGGGGGAAUUACAUCUGGCUCGCUAGUAGUGAAGCAUUCUGUUACGUAAUCCCUCAGUUGUGUUGUGCCAACACUUGUAAAACUGUGUGGGUCACGCGAGUUGUGGAGACCACCUUCUCUAAAGGGGCUUCACUGUAUGAAGAACUUCCUGGACCUUAAAAGUUCUCAUUCUUGGAAUUUUCAGUGGCCUGCAGAUGGAAGCUGUGGAUGACUCAUGGGUGGGGCUUUCUGGACCUUACACAGCAUCUACUGUCUUUGCUCAAGUUUGACCAGCAGCACGGUGCCAAAACCUUAGGAAUGAUGUUGAUACUUCCUUACUCAAAGAUCUCAUAGAAGCAUCGAUGGGAUCUCUCUCCACUUCUUCAGACCGGCAGCUCGAAUUAGGAGACUGCGUUGGUUUUUUGGUUUUUUCCCCUGCUGGUUUCUUGGAGUCACAUUCCAGCGCGUGCGCACACGGACACAAGGCCACCUUGGCAAUGAAGCUGGACAUGAAUAUCAUCCUCCUUUCAUUCUGCUUGUGUGCUUGUUGCUCUCUCCAUUAGGAAAGGAUGCACCAUUAUCAUAAACGGUGUAUUUCUCAAACAUAGCUCAUGUGGGAGGAAGAAAAAGCACAGAAGGAUGUGUUAAUGUCUAAAAUUUCCUUUUCUCAGGGAAUAUACAUGAGAUCGGAGUUGGUUGAUUUGCAAGCCAUCUGGCAGAAAAAAACUGAUCAUGCUCUUUCAUCAGGCAUUGUAAAUAUAUGUUGCAAGUCUGUGGAAUAUGUAAUUUCUAAAUUGGUGUGUCUGAGCAGAGUGCAGUUGACACUUGCUGGAUUACGUGUUUAGUGGCACAGGAGGUAAGCUAUUAAUUAUCACGUUGUAAAGGAUAAAAUGAUACACUUC